AUGCCACAGUAUUGUAGUGUUCCUGGAUGUACGAAUUCUGGUGGUCACAAGUUUCCUGAAGAAAGAGAAUUGCAACUUAGAUGGAGAGUGGCUAUUAAAAGAAGAGACUCUACCACAAAAGGUCUCUGGAAGCCAGGGAAACAUGACGUUGUUUGUGCCGUCCAUUUCAAGGAGGCUGACUACAGAGUUUCUGGACUAUUAGAUGCUACUGAAACCCCUAUACAGAAGCCAUCACAUGUUGAUGCACAAAGUGUGACAUGGUCUAGCUACAAACAUAAAAACACAAUUAAAACCAUGAUAGGUUGCACACCAAGAGGCACAGUAUCAUAUGUAAGUGAUGAUUAUGGGGGUUCAGCAAGUGACCGUCAGAUCAUUGAAAAGUCUGAAUUGCUUCAGCUAAAUUUGAAUUUGUUUGAACCUAAAGAUAGCAUAAUGGCAGACAGAGGAAUAAUGGUUCAGGAUUUAUUUGCAGCACAAGAUGUAAAAGUGAACACUCCCACUAUGCUUAAAAGAAAAAGUCAGUUGGAACCUGAGGAAGUUGUAAGGGACAGGAGAGUAGCAUCCAAAAGAAUUCACAUAGAGGGAGUUAUUGGUUUAGCCAAAACAUUUAAGAUCUUGAAAAAUGAACUGCCAUCAGGCAAACUUAUACUUGGGUCUAGAAUUGUUUUUGUGUGUUUUUCUAUUGCAAAUUUCAGAAAGUGUAUUGUGAAUGAAAAUGCAUAA